CUCCCUACAAGUCCUAUCACACCGGGCCCAACAUGAAUAGCGAAAUGUCUUCGGUUGAUCUGCCGUUAGAACCGCCAUCAUCAUCCUUGGUGGCGUGUGUCUUCAAAAAGAUCGCAUCCCUUUUGCCGUCCGAAACGGGCCUGACCGUCAGCGAGGUCGAAAACACCGCCUACUUCCUUGCCAGCCGCACCGGCCUCAAUGAUGUCUUCAAGCACUGCUUCUACGACUUCCUUGUCGUCGGCGUCUGCGAUAUCCUCGACAAGCUCAAUAAAAACGAUAAAAACGCGCCGUUAAAGAAACGCCGUGAGGCCGCGCUUGGCUCGCUCUUAAUCUCGGUGCGGCUCCUCGCGGACAUGCUCGAGAUGAACUGGAGCGCGCGCGAAACCGCACCGAUCACGGUGUUGGAAAGCGCGGACGGUGCGGACUAUAACUUCAUCACCGGCGUGGGCAUGGCCGCGGCGAACGUCUACUAUCAUGUCGUGGCGCCACAAGCAGUGGACACGUCCGUCGCACGUCGCGCCAUCGCGCUCAUUGCAGGCCUCAAGUCCACGGACCCCAUUCGCAAGGAGUUGGCCACUAUCUCGCCGCACUAUGCGUUCGACGACACACACCAGUACCGCAACCUCAUCCGCAAUAUUGACCUAAACUGUGACGCCAUCUUAGGCUGCUUCGCAGCGUCGAACCCGCGUGAAUUUUCAGACUUUGCCAUGAACAGUCUCAACGUCAUAAAGUACUCACCGACUCCGGGCAGCGACGUCGUGCCCAGCAUCGAACUAUUCGGCUUAAUCCGCUUCAAUGAAAAACUCUUGACCGAGUACCUCCGUACCAUCUGGCACUCGUUCUCGCUGAUUCAGAAGCCUAUUCAUCAACAGUUGUUCCUAUCCUUCUUUACCAAAUCCUUGAAUAACUGGGUCACCACCCAGACACAGGAGUUUUUGGACUGCAUCGCACUCCCCGAUUCGGCAUUGGUCGCUCAGGUCGACCGCCUCUUCGACUUUGUGUAUUCCCAGUUUGAAACCCACCCUAAUGUAUGCACCUUCCAGUUCCUCUCUGUCUUGAUCUGCAUCUUGCCCGACCACUGGCGCGUUUUUGCGAGCGCCCCGUCGCUCAGGGCCCUGUUCGUACCUUCCAACAAGAAGGAGAAAUUCGUCCACAACUUGGCCCGGACCAUCCGUAACAGCACCGACUUCGAAUACUUGGCCGCCGCCGUCACCAUCUUCAACAUUACUGCGCGCAUCUACUUGUGCGAUCCCAACUCACCCAUUGUCCGCUCAUCGCGCGCCCACGCCCAGUUGAUCAGUGAGAAGUUGACCAUCACAGACCACGAGUCCGACCACGAGAGCCGCUUGAACAAGUUACGAACUGACUACUUUUGUUACGAAGUCGUCACCCACCAGGACCAGUUCGUUGCCACCGUUCUUGCCCACUUGUCCGACCACGAAAUAGACUACCGCUAUGGUCGCGUGUUGUUGGGCUCCUUGAAAAUCUUGUCACGCAUGCCCGAAACGCGCGAUGUGUUCCUCCAACUCAUCACCUCCGUGGGUCCUAUUCUCCAAAACGUCUUGGUCAAGACCCUCCCAAUGGCACCCGGUUCCGACGCUGUCUCCGAGGUUCAUAGUAUCCCGACCCUCCGCUCCUUAAAUGGUGACGAGCGCGGCUCCAUCACCGCCAGCGACUUGUGGAAGAAGCAAGACAUCCAGUAUGAGGGUUCCUUGUACACUUCGUAUAAUAACCUCGUGAAGGAGUGCAGCGGCUCGAAUGCAUCAAUCUCCUCCUCGUCCAUCACGUCCGAGAAAAAGAAGAGCAGCGGUGCCUCCAUGGACUCCCGCGGAAAGAGCAGUUUCGAUGAGUCCAGCAACUUCAGCCACGACCAGGACGGCGUGGGGCGCCUCGAAUUGUACGUCGAUAUCAUGACCAUUUUCUGCAAGGCCCCACAUAUCUACUUCUCCUCGGCCGAGGCGUACGGCAUCUCUAAGGACGAGUUCUUGUUACCAGUUGUGAUGGGUCUCAGUGACCCGGACUUGGCCAUAGUAGAAGCGGCUGGGAACUUUGUAAUCACAAUCCUCGGUAGCUGCGGAAAGUUUGACGACCACUACGACUCAUGCUGCCAGAUCGCCGUCUCCCAGUGCAUGAGUGUGUUGGGCAACAGCAUCAGCGAAUGCGACUUGCGCAGCGACAGACUCCUCGUGAUGCUUGAGUUGUUGACCAAGUUCGUAGUCACCAGAUCCAACAAUGAGAAGGCGCGUGAGCUAAGCUUUGUCGACCUGUUUGCCGGGAUGACCACCAACAAAUCGCACAACUGCCAAUUACUUACAAGGGGCCUCGAGCCAGCCAUCAUUUACUGCUUGUGUUCGUCGGAAAUCUCCACGUUCCGGGUGGUACAGCAGCUCUUGAAGUACACUCUUUUGGAUGUCUCCUGGAGAGACCACGACCCAACCUGUCCGAACUUUAAGAACGCUGAAGUGUACGCUGCCAUUGCUGACCAGUCGUAUGUUGUUACGGGCUCAGUGGCCUUGCACAAGCGCAUCCGCAAGAUGAUGAGAGACAUUUCCCUCACGGAGGGCGUGGUUCGAGCGUGGGGGUGCAUCUAUGAUCGCUGGUAUCUUGGCUUCCAGUUGCGCUCCAGCCUCACCAACCUAGAAACAGGUGAAACCCGCAACUUUGGGGGCUGUUUGGCAUCCAUGGCGGGUGCCAUCUUGACGGGUAGAGAGGAGGACGCUGGAAUCUAUGUGGAGCUUGUAGAUAAGGUGGCUGUCUUUGUUACGUUGCACGUAGAGGCGUUGGUCACCGAUACGUUGGUCCUCCGGGACGCAGUCAUGGAUGUGGUGUCCAACGAGUUGCACCCUCUGACAUACUCCAUCACCAUGAAACUGAUCAUGGAAGCGGUGAAGGCUCUCGACGUGUCUACCGACGAGGCGUUUGAAAGUUCCUUGCUGUUCUUCGACCUGGCCGUCUUAAUCUUAACCAAGGUGGUUCUCGACCCCAACCCUCAUGCGAUUGUUUCCCUUCGCUAUGGCCAUGAGGUUUAUGACUACAUUGCCUCCUUGAUUGUGUCCACCCCUGACUCCCCUCCCCUCCUCAAACUCAAAAUCAGACUCUGCAAGUUCAUCACAGCUUUGGAGGCGAAUCGAGAUGCGUUGUGCUACAAGGGUGAAGUGCGGAGACGUACAGCUACUGUCCGGCUCCUUUCCGAGUGGCUAGAGAAGUCCGUUUUCCAAGACGGGACUGUUAACGGAGUCAAUCCCAAGGUUUUACCCCUCAAGUUGGUGGGAAUCACCACCAGCUCCAAGACGAGCUCCGAAAUUAGGCGGCUAAAGGAGGUGGAAAUGAUGUAUCUUGAUUUGGCCCUCGAAUCGUCACGGGCAUUGUCGCUUGCCUUGGAAGGGCAUACAUUGGCUACACCCCAGGCUACCAGCUCUAAGGAUUUGAAACACUCCAAGAAAUUGGUGUUUGGAAACUACUUCUCGUUGUUUUAUAGAGUUUUGGAGAAAUUCAACCAAAAAGGAAAGACAAAGCAGGACGCCAGUCCUCUCAACACUCACAAGACGGACGCCAUCUGUGAACUCAUGAUCAUCUGUUCCACGAAGCUCUUCCAAUCCAAUGUUGAGGCGGGUCUCAGGAUAGCCUUGCCGUAUUGCUACCAUGAGAACCAGAAAACAAGAUUGUCCUUCAUUCAUGUGUUCAUUAAUAUCGCUACUAGCUUGCAGAAUUCUGAACAGGAGAACUUUAAAUGGACCACUGAGAAACGUGACACGGUGAUUGCCAAGUUCUUGUUGGACUACCCGAGUUUGGCUGUGGCUGUGGCCGAUGCUUGUCCCGUUUCCCAGACCGAUUUUCUUGCCACGUCGUUCUUGUUCUUGUACGACAACCAGGAGGACCUCUUGCGAAACUUGGCGGCUUUGGUCGUGAGCGAAAUCAACUACUCCACUCGGCAUGUUGAUAUUCUUAGAAGGAACAGUGUCGCCACUAAGCUUCUCUCGAUGUAUGGUAAAAAGUAUGGCAGCGACUACUUGCGCGCCGCCAUUAAGCCGACCUUGUGUGAGUUGGAAGAGACGAAUGAAUGUUUCGAGGUUGAAAAGUUGGACCCUGCCGAUCCUUUGGCCUCGCUCAACGUUGACCGGUUUAUGAAGUAUUUGACGCAGCUUGUUGAUGCCAUUGUGUCCUCCGCACAUGCGGUUCCCGACGAGAUUCGAUUUAUUUGUUCCACCAUUGACAAGGCUGUCCAGAACGUCUUUCCCGACGCGUCGAUUGUUGCUAUUGGUUCCUUCAUGUUCUUACGGUUUUUCGGGCCCGCCAUUGUUAGUCCCGAAUCGGCAGACAUCUUCUCUGUGUUCCCAGGUCGUAAUUUAAAGAGGUCACUAAUUCAGUUGGCUAAAGCGAUUCAACACAUGGCGAAUGGAUCUCUUGCCUCGUUGAAGUGGCCGUUGUUGAGCACCAAGGAGGCCGAGUUGAGCGAGUUGAACAAGAAGGUGGUUUCAUAUUUGGGGUCUUUGCGUUAUGACUCUAGGACCUUCACCUUUAAGUCCAAGAUGGCGUCACCGGAAGUAAGAUCCAAUUACUUGCACAAGUUCAUAUACGACACGAUGCUGUCGAUUUGUAUCACCUUUUUGGAUGGGUCGAACAUCAACGCGUGUGAAGAAAGGUUGGCGAUCUUUAGAAAGUUUGACAACUUGCUCUUCCUGAUGGGCCAACCCGAAGCGGUGUUUGGGUAUGAGAUUCCGAACUCGAUCAAGAAUGAUGGUAACACCGUUCUCUUCGACUUCAUGAACAAGUACUCAACCAAGGAUCUCGAGUCGUUGAUUGAUAUCCCCUUCGUGCAGGCGGGUAUCGCCGUGGAUGGUACCCCUACACUCAACCUCUGUUUCAGUUACAUUGAGAACCUUCAGAUGGACUUUGAAAUUCUUGCCUACAGAAUCUUCCAGGUUGCUAGUAAGGUGUGGGACUCCAAAUUCUACAUUGUUUGUGACUUCUCUUGUUUGAACACAUACGAACACUGUGAGCUCUUGGUGAGUAUAUGCCUGACGCAUACCCCGGAGGUGAUGUCCCAAAACUGUUCCGGUGUUUACAUCUUGAACUUGGCUGACAAGCUCUUCGGCUGGUUUGUUGAGGCGAGCAAGAGCUCGCUUGUUGGAAACCCUUUGUUUGACCCAUUAAAGGUGGAGUUUUUCUUCCGUUCCUCUUUCGAUGACCCAAAGACAUUUGGUACGCUCACUUUCUCCCGUCUCUUCAACAAGCUUGUUUCCGGUACCAAGAGAGUGUCUUUCUCAGACGUUAUGUACUAUCAGGAAGCGCACCAAAGAUUUGUUUCUGCCACCGUCCAGAUUGGGGAUGAGUACUUGGUGAUUUGCGAGAACAUGCCAAGAAGCUUCUCAAUCGCUGGUAAGAUUGCGUCAACAAAGGUGGUGAACGUGAUCCCUAUUCUUCACUUGCAAGAAAUAGAGACGACUCACAUUACGGGUGUCACCAACGAGUUUACCCUUGUGGAUGCCCUAUCUAACGCGAGAUACACCCUCGCCCUGGAGAAGAGGGCCGAGAUCAUGCGUACCGUGUACUUUGUCAGGUCUAGGAUGACCGAAAACGCGGAAGCCGGAGAGGAUGACCUUGAAGAAGAUGCCACUGACUGGGUCGGCUACUUGUUCAAUGCCUGCUUUGCCGGUCUUGUCUCUUCGUCAGAGGCGAUCCGUUCAUCGUCGUUUUCGUUGCUAUCCUCUCUCUGUGAGACAUUCGACUUGGGCUUGGGCAGACAAUUGAGAAUAACUUCAAACGUCCGUUUCCCGAAGGACAACACCACCUUUAUUGUGUCGAUUUCGGCAGCCUUGGCCAGAACCUACCCAGAUGCCACUUAUAUCUUCAUUGAGAACUUUUGUCGGGUGUACCACAAGUUGCCCACCAACGAAAAAUUGGCUUCCGUCAUGUAUUUGGCCCCCUGGAUUGCCAAUAUCUACAAGCAUGUGUUUGCUACCGACGACGAAACUGGUACCGAAAAGACGUCUGAGUUGGUUAGAAUGUUGACCAAGAUUUCGACCCUAGAGGAUGAGUUUUUGCCCGUGUUCAACACCCACGUUUGGAGCACGCUUUGCUUGGAGGAUAAACUUUCGAGCAUUCUUCUUGAGGAGAUUGUUGCCGUUGCUGUUGAUCUUGAGUCUGAGGGUGUUGAUUGGAAUGACGUGAUUGGUUUAAUCUCGUUGACCCCAACCAUUGAAAUUUGCUGUGGCGUGAUCAAUCGUUUGAAGGAAGUAUCGCACAUCCCAAGUCACUCUGGAGAGUUAUCCAUGAUUACACAGACCAGUUGGAUUGAGAUCACUAUUCUUGUCAAAAUCUGUGUCUCUUUGUUUUUCGAUUCCUUGUUCUUCACGGAAAUGUUUUUGCCGGAUGUGCUCUUCAUCAUCACAAUGUUCCUUGAUAUCGGGCCAUUGCGCUUGAGAAAGGCCUUAUAUGGCUUGACAAUCAAUGUGUUGCAUUCGUUUUUGGCCAAGGAAGACUUAUCUGAGGCUAUCCUUGACAAGAUGAACCUAGUGAACCACAAGCUUACGGGGCAACGUGCGAAGAUUGUCUUUGGUUUAACCAGAAACGAAUCCACGGUUGAUUCCGACUCCAAUCGUGUUGUUUCUGGACUUAACGGGUUGGAAUACUUCUGUGGUCAUUUGAAUGAGUUCUUAGACUAUGCCACUGAUGGCAACAUGAAGUCGGUGUGGCGUGUCCGGUGGAACGCUUAUGUGAUCGAUGCUGCUUUCCGCAAUGGCUCCCUCUUGCAACCAAGGGCCUUGUUAAUCUUGGGAUUCUUGGCCAGGUCUGGUGUGACUGACAACUUGGUCGGAAAGCUUCUUGAUUUGGUUAGCAUCAUUGCUGAUGAACACUGCUACUCUAAGAAGGAUGAAAGCAGUUUCUUGUGUGGUGUGUACGCCAUUAGUAGAGUGGUUGACGGUCUUCCCCUGUCCUCUGUUUUCUUUCCAAAGCUUUUCUGGUUAGCGUCCCAAUUGUGCCAAACAAACAGCCCCUUGAUUUUUCAGGCAGCCACUCAGUGCAUGUCUCGUAUCUUGAUUGCCUAUUGUGCAGUUGUGAUUGUGCCUCCUGCGACAUACUACGAUACGUUAUUUGAGGUGCGUUCCAAAACUCUUACUGUUUUGGAUGAAUUUGAUGCUCUCCAAGAGAUCAGAUUUACGCGUGAUAACUUCGAUGUAUGCGUGGCCUGGAUUGUUAUGAGGGGUUUGCAAAUCCCUCGGACCAAGCAAACGUGUGUUGAGUUGUACCAAACUCUAUUUCAAGGGCGCCAACGUGAAGAGAUUGGGAAAUGGCGAUGUGAACCCGAGGCCAUUUUCUCAAAUUCUCAUAUGUGCCACCUUUUGUUUAUUUUCAUUCUUUCCAAAUCGAAUUCUGAGAUUGAAGCAUUCAUGGACACUUGUGACUUGGAUGACCGACAGUAUGUUCUGUUGGGUGAAGGGAUUAAAGCCCCCAAGGUAUUGAUUGAAUUUGUUAUGGAGACCAACAGAAAUACCGUCACCACUUUCUACUUGGCUGCCAGUUACAUUGUUUCCAAGUACUGUGACGAUCAUACCCGUUUUCGCUUUAUGUUGAUAACGCGCCACGCUGGCCACAGAAACCCAGAUCUUUUGUACAAGAUUUAUUUCGUGGUUAGACCGUUCUUCAAAAAGAUUAUUACUGGUAUUUACCCUCUUCAAUUCCUUGGCGUCGGGUUUGAUAUCUCUACUUACGUGUGCCGUAUUCCAGGGUUUACUUUCAACGAAAGUGAGCAAGCUAAUAUGCUUGAUGCUAUUAUGAAAGAGCAUAAUGUUCUCGGUCUUAAGAAUUGGGAAUUCCAGCCCAAUGAACCCGAGAUGAAGGCUCUGCGAGUUCUCAAAUUCCAGGAAACUAUUCACCAACUCCUUGCCAAUUUUAUUGAAACCGAGUAGACUCGGUUUUCUCUUAUUUUUUAUUUUGACCUUAUCUUUGCAUAUUUCUCUUGUCAUUCCUAUUUUUUUUUUUUUUUAAUUCUAUGUUUAUUGUUAAUUGCAGCUAUACAUGUGGAUGCGAAUCAACUUGCU